AUGAAUCGUGCGAAAUCGGCAAGUGUAUCCAAGUUAACGAAAUUAUUUGCCAGUUUUUAUAUGGGGCUCGGACGACGCAACGUCGAGGAGACAUGGGAAGCUUACACUCAAUUACGACAUUCAAACAUCAAACUUACUCGGACAAAAUUUAGACACGUAAUAAAGUUAAUUGUUGAGCAACCAACUCGAUCAAGAAAGUUUCUCAAUUAUCUACUAGAUAUUUAUUCAGACAUGAAAUCCCGCCGAAUUCCUCUUCGCAAAUACGACUUUAACUGCAUUCUCUCCUUUACGACCAGUUUCUAUCCGCAUAUGACUCUUCUUGACAUCGAAAUCGUCAUGGCCGUUCUUCAUCUGACGGAGAGCGCAAAGAUCACGCCCAAUCAUGUAUCGUAUAAUAUCUUGGUCGACAUCGCAGCUCAUCUACCUUCGCCAGCGGCCGAGUUUCUGGCAGAGAGACUACCAUCCGGAUUACAACCCAAUGUUAAAAGGCUUACUUCGAUUACACACGCUUAUGCGAUGAAAAACGAUCUGGCUGGAGUUGUAAAGAUGGUAGAAACGAUCAUGAAAGAGAAAAUGAGUAUUGAUGUUUAUGUGUUGAAUACUGUCAUAUGGGCUUUCGUGGGAGGGAAUGACCUUGAGUCGGGUGUUAUGAUUUAUAGGACAAUGAUUAAUGACGAAGUAGGAAAGGCCAAGAGGAAAAAGAAUAACAAGUUUACGCCUACCUUGCCAACAUUUCACAUCCUCUUGUCUGCAUGUCUCUCGCAACAGCGUUGGAAGCUGGGGAUAUUGAUCUAUCGAGACAUGAAGUCGCUCGAUGUGGAGCCGGAUAUCCAAUUAUUUAAUAUUAUACUUAAGCAUGUAGUCAAGGCUUUGUAUCUUGCCGAUAGCGUGAACUUAAAACAUAAAGACACAAAGCAGCGGAAAUACAAAUCGGAAAAUAUCUCUCAGAUUUGUCAGAGACAAGCAUUAAAAAAAGGCAUACGACUCUUGUUUGAUUAUUUUCUGAAUGAAAUAAAACAUUACGAGAACGUUAAACCAGAUUUUAAGACACAUAACCUAAGAUUGCAGGCACAUUUAUUAUUGGCAGAGAUAAAAGAGGCAAAUGACGUUCUACGCGUUAUGGAAAGCGCAUCAAUGCCUAUAGACAUUUAUAACACGUGGUUAUUGCGACAAUUACAAAUAAAUACUCGAAAGCAGUAA